GUAUGCUUAUAAAUUUUCUAUUGAAAGUUUAGUUUUUAAUUUUUAGAAAAAGUGAAAAUCGUAAAAUAUAAAUCUUCUUAAUUUUUUCUUAAGUCAUGGCUGAUUUCGAUGCAAUAAUAUAUGUAGAAGAUUUAUCAGAAGAUAUUCCUCCUGAAACAACAGAGCAAGACCCCAUAAUAGUACGAGGAACAGGAGAAGUCACAAUAUUUGGAUUAUCAAAUAGAUUCAAUACAGAAUUCCCUACUCAACUCAUAUCAAAAAUUGCUCCAGAGGAAUAUACUGCAACGAUAUCGAGAAUAAAUUCAGUUCUGAAAAAAAAUCUACCCAUGAAUGUUAAAUGGUUGUGUUUUGGAUGUGUAUGCUGUUGUUGUUCUUUAGGAUUGAGCAUGUGGCCAGUAAUUUGCUUAAGUAAACGGACUAAAACUCAAAUCAAUAAACUUCUUGACUGGGAAAAUACAAAUCUUUAUCAUAAAUUGGGACUCCGUUGGUCAUUGAAACGAAUGAACUGUGAUAAUAAUACGAAUUCGAUGCUUGAAUACGUUCUUCUACUAGAAUUUUUGCCAAAAAUAGCAAUUUAUCGUCCUGAUUAGGUUUCUCAUUUUGUUUCGCAGACUUAAGUGACGCUCGUCGCGUUUGUAUCUCUGAAUAGCGUUCACAAACUUUUUUUUGUAAACUCGCGUCACAUUGAACAAAAAAUUAUUUUUUUACAUGAAUCAUUGAAGAAAUGAAAUCAAAAAGAUUUCAUUCGAAUUCUUCAUAAUUGAAAAAUAACUUAGAUAAUUUAAGUUUUUCGUCAUCCUUGUAUUCUUAAAAUCGUGAAGCUCUGAAAAAAGUUCUUCCAUAAAAAAACUUCUUGAAGUUUCGAUUUCUCUUAUCAAUGAAUUUUCUUUUUAUUAUUCAUUUAAUUCGAUUAUCAGCAGUUUGGUACUUCCAAGAAAUAUAACAUUUUUAUUCAAUGAAAAGCAAUAAGGUUUGCAAGUCUUUAAAACGAUUUUGUUGAUUGUCUGCAUCAAUUAAUCAUCAAAAACUUCUAAGUAACUAAGUUGCUCAUAAAAAUUAUCAGUUUAAAGAAAUAUUUUCCAAUCUAAUUAAAUAUCUAAUUUUAAAUCAAUUUCAAUACUCUCACCCACGAGGCAAAUAAUUUCUCCGAGAAAAAGAUUUAUUCACAUACUUGAAUAUAAAAAAGAAGAAUUUUUCAAUCGAUUUACUGAGUAGAUCGUGUUUGUUGUUUUAGAUUUUUGGCAAGUACUUGUUCUAUAUCGAAAGCGAAAUAAUUUUAGCAACUUGGCCAAUCAUGGAAUUCAAUAACUUUUUAGAAUUAUCAUUAAGAAUUUUGAAAUAUAAAAAAGUGUUUAUUUUCAUUUUAUUUCAUAGUUUGAAGCUUUAGAUAAAGCAAUUGUAAAUAUGUAAACAUGAGAAUAUAAAAGGAAAAAAAAUUGUAACAAAAACUUUAAAAUGUUUUCAAACCUUGUUUUUCCAGUUAAUUGAGC